AUGGUGUUGAUCACUUGCAAUGGCAACACCCUCGAUACUUCAACGCCUGCCACAGCGAGGCAGACGUUAGCCGAGUCUGCUACGUCUCAGAUUGAUUCCAACUACAUCAUCGUGAAUGCCAAGGAGCCCUUGAAGAAGGCCCAGAAGCAGGCCCUCGCAGAUAACAAUGUUGCCGUACUAGAGUACAUUGCCAACAACAGCUACAUCUGUCGCUAUGAGCCCCGUGACCUCGGCGCUGUCCGAAACCUCGACUUCGUUGCUUAUACCGACGUCUACCCCACCUCAUUCGUUGUGAACCCCAGCCUGAGACGGCACACCGUCGGCCCCCCUGGCCAUAUCUCAAGCCGCACUCACACCGUCGAUGUGGUUCUGCACCGAGGCUGUGAGUUCGGUGGCUGCAAGAAGGCGAUCUGUGAGGCCGCUCACGUCGACCCAGAGGACGUCACAGUGUGUAAGGGCAAGGUUCGUCUUCAUGUGCAGGAGCAGCACCUUGACGCCCUCGCUGCCAUCGACAAUGUCGCCUUCAUCCAGGAAGUGCACCCGAACCGCCUGUUCAACAACGUCGCCCGUGGUAUCCUGAAGGUAGAAGAUGUCGACAUCAACGGCACUGCUCUUGACGGAUCCGGCCAGGUCGUAGCGGUCGGAGACACAGGCAUCGACUCGGAGCAUCCAGCUUUUGCUGGAGAAGAUCGCAUCAAGAAGCUCAUCGCCCUGGGCCGGCAAGGCAGGACCAAUGACCCUGAUGGCCACGGAACUCACGUCUGCGGCUCCGUCCUCGGCAAUGCUACCCUCUCCAACGGCGAGCUUAUUCAAGGAACAGCUCCAUCCGCCACGCUUGUCAUGCAAUCGCUGCUGGACAGCCGAGGUGGCCUUGGAGGUAUUCCCACAGAUCUUGAGGAGCUCUUUGGUCCUGCUUAUGCUGAAGGGGCCCGUGUCCACAACAACUCCUGGGGGUCCUCAACUCCUGGCCUGGCAUACGACCAGUCGGCUCGCGAGAUUGACGAGUUCGUUGAGAACAAUACAGACAUGGUCAUCGUCUUUGCAGCCGGCAAUGAUGGUGUCGACGGUGACCAAAACGGCGUCAUAGACCUCCGUCAAAUUGGGUCCCAAGCUGCAGCCAAGAACUGCAUUACCGUGGGCGCCUCAGAGAACAACCGACCCGAGCUCACAGUGGCAUAUGGCGUCUCCGCAGGCGGUGGACAGCGAGACCCACGCUACGCCGCCGAACCCAUCUACGGCGACCAAUACGCCGACGAUCCCAACGGCAUGGCUGCCUUCAGCUCCCGUGGGCCGACCCGCGAGCGCCGCAUUAAGCCCGACGUCGUCUCCCCCGGCACCUGCAUCCUCUCAGCCAAAUCCUCCGCCGCCGCCGCAUCAACCUACUACGGCGAAUCCCCCGACCCGCAAUACAUGUUCGAGUCCGGCACCAGCAUGGCCGCCCCCCUCGCCACAGGCUGCGCCGCCCUCAUCCGCCAAUUCCUCAAACCCAUCGCCGACCCCAGCACCGGCGACUACUCGCCCAGCGCCGCCCUCGUCAAAGCCCUUCUGAUCAACGGCGCCGUCGAGCUCACCGGCCAAUACAACCCCAGCGAAGCCGGCGCGAGCCCCAAUCCCAAUUCCGGCUGGGGCCGCAUCUCCGUGGCGGACAGCGCGCUCACGCCCUCGGGCACAGCCGGGUAUGGCGAGCACGACGGCCUCGACGAAGAUGAGACGUUCGAAUUCACCAUCAAUGUUCCUGAGACGGGGAAGACGCUGAAAGUGACGCUCGUGUGGACGGAUCCCGCGGGCGCGGAGCUGCAGAAUGAUUUGGAUUUGACGGUCAGUAGUGCGGCUGCGGGAGGAGGAAGUGAGAGGCAUGGGAAUAUGGGGACGGGCAGUGGGUUUGAUCGCGCGAAUAAUGUCGAGCAGGUCAAGUGGGAGGGCGUGCCGCAGGGGGAGAUGGGGGUCAGGGUCAGUGUGCAUCGCUUGACGAGUGAGAGGCAGGGGUUUGCGUAUGCUUGGAAGGUGGUGUGA